AUGGAUCCUCAACAUAGCGUCCUCUGGGCGCGUGAUGAUCCACCCCCUCAAACGUCGGCCGAUCUCUUUCUCCAACUCAUUCAGAAUCCAUUCAAGUCUGCUUUUCAAUUGAACGCCGUUUAUGCUUCCUUGGUGACUGCCGCCCCCGUCGCUGUCAUCUUCACCCUCCUCUUCUCGCUUUUUCGCCCUCGUCACUCUGUCAUCUAUGCUCCCAAGGUUAAACAUGCCGACCGCAGACAUACGCCUCCUCCUGUGGGAAAAGGCUUCUUUGCCUGGGUCAAACCCGUCCUGGGCACCAAGGAGCCCCAGCUUGUCGAUUGCAUCGGUCUCGAUGCUACCAUCUUUCUGCGCUUCACUAAGAUGUGUCGCAAUAUCUUCAUCUUCCUGAGCAUCAUCGGAUGUCUGGUUAUGAUUCCCAUUAAUAUCACACAGAGUGAACCCGAUCUCACCAAGGAUCUUUCCCCAUUCGCCACCAUGACCCCAAUGUACGUUAAGACCAAUGCUAUUUGGAGUCAGGUCGCUUGUGCUUGGGCCUUUGAUAUCGUCAUUGUAUUCUUCCUCUGGAGGAAUUACAAGGCUAUUUUGGAACUGCGGAGGAAUUAUUUCAAGAGUUCCGAGUAUCAGCGCAGUCUGCAUGCUCGAACCUUGAUGAUCACCGAUAUUCCCGAAAAAGCCCGGUCCGUCGAGGGCAUUAUGCGUCUUACUGACGUGGUCAACCCCACAGCCGCUCUGCCUCUAGCCUCCGUCGGUCGUAACGUUAAGCUGCUCCCCGAAUUGAUCAAGAAACAUGACGAAACUGUACGGCAACUCGAGACUGUGCUGGCCAAGUACCUCAAGCGACCCGAUAACCUGCCUGCUCGGCCUAUGAUGCGCGUGCCUAGGAAAGAGCGGGACGGACACCCCGACAGAGUGGAUGCCAUUGACUACUUGACGGACAAGAUCCAGAGACUGGAGGAGGAAGUCCGCCAUGUUCGGUCUUCGAUUGAUCGCCGAAAUGCGAUGCCCUUUGGUUUCGCCAGUUUUGACAUGAUCGAACAUGCUCAUGCGGUGGCUUACACUGCGCGCAAAAAGCACCCGCAGGGUACUACCAUCCAGCUGGCUCCCCGGCCCCACGAUCUCAUUUGGGAGAACUUGCCUUUGUCCAAGGCUGCGCGAAGGUGGAAGCGGUUUGUCAACAUGAUCUGGGUCACGCUUCUGACAGUGGUUUGGAUUGCACCUAACGCGAUGAUCGCCAUUUUCUUGUCCAACUUGUCCAACUUGGGACUAGUCUGGCCGGCAUUCCAAACAUCGCUCAGUGCCAAUCCCAAGGUUUGGGCUGCUGUUCAGGGUAUUCUUUCUCCCGCCGUCACCUCGCUGGUCUAUAUCAUCCUGCCCAUCAUCUUUCGCCGGCUCGCGAUCCAGGCCGGUGAUGUGACCAAGACUUCGCGAGAGCGCCAUGUCCUCAACCACCUCUACGCGUUCUUCGUUUUCAACAAUUUGGUGGUCUUUUCGCUCUUUUCCGCUGCGUGGACAUUUGUUACGACCGUCAUCGAUGCCAAGAACCACGACGAGAAUGCCUGGGAAGCCAUGAAGGCCGGACAAUUCUACGCCAAAAUUAUCAACGCUCUGUGUCAGGUGUCUCCCUUCUGGGUGACCUGGUUGUUACAACGAAAUAUGGGUGCUGCCAUAGAUCUCGUGCAGCUGAUUCAUCUGAUCUGGGUCUGGUUCGCCAAGACCUUCCUUUCGCCCACGCCUCGCCAGGCGAUUGAAUGGACUGCACCUCCGGCCUUUGAAUAUGCCAGUUACUAUAACUACUUCUUGUACUAUGCUACCGUGGCCUUUUGCUUUGCGACAUUGCAGCCAAUCGUCCUCCCGGUCACGGCGCUGUACUUUGGCAUUGAUGCAAUGUUGAAGAAAUACCUGCUGAUGUAUGUGUUUGUGACCAAAAACGAAUCUGGGGGUCUGUUCUGGCGGGUAUUGUUCAACCGUAUGGUGUUUGCGACUAUCAUGUCAAACAUUAUUGUCGCUCUGGUAACCAAAGUGCAAGGCACAUGGACCAUGGUGUACUGUGUGGUCCCACUGCCGUUUUUGAUGCUGGCCUUUAAGGUCUACUGCAUGAGGAAGUUUGAUGUCGAUUGCAAAUUCUAUAACCGGGCGAAUCUGUCCGAUGCUGAGGCGCUGGCUGCUGGAAAGUCGGCCAAGAAGGCAUCGGAUCGAUUGAACACCAAGUUCGGCCACCCGGCCCUAUUUAAGCCCUUGAUCACCCCGAUGGUGCACGCCAAGGCGGCUGAAGUAUUGAAGCGUAUCUAUCGAGGCCGCCUUCACUCGACAGACAUGUCGGGAGAAUACUCGGAUAUUGCACUGGAUCCCAUGUCCAAGUCGCAUCCGGGCAAACUGACGGAUCCGCCUAACGCUCCCUUUGAGGUCGUGGCGGAGAACCAACUUGAUUUCUCGUAUUUCAAGGACCGACCAGACUUCCAGGACGAGUUUGGUGGUGGUAUCUACGGCCGUCCCGAGGAUCUAAUGACGGAGCGGUCCCAGACACCCCGAAGUGCCCUGGGCGAAUGGUCGCCGACAUCGUCGCGUGCAUCAUCGCCAGCACCUUCACUCCCAUCUAUAUCAGGUAUUAAGAUGCCUGAUGUUUAUCGACCGAGCAUGGAUGAGCAAACGCAUCCCGCCUUCCGGGUGCCAUUGUCUCGUGGAGACAGUGGCACCGUUCCGACGGUGGGUGGCGGUCUCUACCAGCACAACAACGAGAGUGAAACCCAGCUAUUGUCCCAGGCCCAAGUGCCCGCGCAUAGCGAUACGUAUGGGCCGACGGACCGAUGGCGGACGGGAGGGUAUGGUCCUGUUGAACAGGACGAGCCCAGCUUCACCUCGUACGAGCAUUUCCGCGCACCACGAUGA